CUCCCUUCGAUGACCUUCCUGUCCCAUAGGAAUUCCUGGGCAGCUUCGAUGGAAGGAGGGAGCCAAGAAGGAAGCCUGGUGAAAGCCCAGAGAUGAUAAUUACAACAUGGAUUGUGUACAUUCUCGCCCGGAAAGGUGUGGGGCUCCCCUUCCCACCAAUAACCAGCUCGGACAUUGAUGUUGUGGAAAGCGAGGCUGUAUCUGUAGUGCAGCAUUGGUUGAAAAAAACAGAGGAAGAGGCUGCCCAGGGCAUAAAGGAGAAGAUGUCCACCCACAGCUCUUCCCAGGGUAUAAAGGAGAUGUCGACCAACCUUCCUCCCACCCAUGGCCAAGACAUACAUGUGACCAGAGAUGUGGUGAAGCACCAUCUCUCAAAGUCUGAUCUGUCAGCAAACCAGAGCCAUGAGGUGCUGGAGGAGAGGACAAGAAUCCAGUUCAUCAGAUGGAGCCAUACCCGUAUCUUCCAAGUGCCAAGUGAGAUGACGGAGGACAUCAUGCGAGAUCGAAUAGAGCAGGUGAGAAGAAGCAUAUCCCACAUUACAAAUGAGGCAUCUCGGGACCCCAGCAUGACAGUUUCCUUCUCAGAGUGCUAA